AUGGAAAUCACUGGAUUUUUGCCAAUUCAAUCAAUUCACACAGUUCGAAACAUUUCAAAAUGGGGAUUCUUCAAUCAAGAUUAGUUGGACCAUUUCUAAGAGACAAGAUGGAAAAUUUGUCAAGCGAGUCGAUUUUGUCAAUCGAGGGUGAUGCUCAUCGACUUUGGAUUAGCAGAAUCGUUUCUUGAUGAUAGAGGAAAUCACCGAGAGGUACAUAAUCGCCAUUAUCGAAAAGGAACUUAUGUUUACAUGAGUGCCAAUCAGCACCAUGAACAAUGUUUUGGAAAUACCCGAAGAGAUGACAUGGAGUCCUUGGUUUAUUCUUUGAGGAAAAUACUUGACCUCACUAUGUGCUGGAAAGAAGGACGGAGUGUGAACAAUGAUGAUACUCAUAGAAACUAUUUCAACUUGAAACAAGGCAAUCAAAAAAGUUGUUCACUUUGUGGAAUACAGCCGAUUAACGAUAUGCUUCAAUCGUGCCGCAUGCUCGAAUUCAAAGAUGAACCCAAUUAUGAAGCAGUGAAGCAGCUGUUUGUCUUGGAUAAAGCUAUGUCAAAAGCGUUGAAAAAUAAAAAGCAUGUUCCACCAAAAGCUACAUUCGACAUUUCUUUGGACGAGGAUCAACAGAAGUUGAUCGACAAAUUCAAUAUCUACUUCAACGAAGAAGACUAUGAUGCAAUGUGA